UUUAGUACCAGAGAUACGAAAGAAAUCAAACAUUUAUCACAAACAGAAAUUUGAGGAAUUAAACUUUGUCCAUCAAUUAAAGGAAAGAAUAAAAAUAUACUGAUGGUGGUAAAUGCUACCAGACGACAGCAUCUGAGUUGGAUUUUAGAAGAUCCAGUUGAUAAUCAAUUAAGAUUAUUAUAAGAGGUACUAUGUAGCUCGAGAGAAGCAGAGUCAGACUAACAGCAGCGGGUUUUGCAUGAUUUAAAUAGUCACAUCCUCCGAUAGCGAGGGCUGAGGGAAUCGAUGGCGGAGAAGCAGCUGAUCGUGGCCGUUGAAGGCACCGCGGCUAUGGGUCCCUUCUGGCAGACCGUUGUUUCUGAUUACCUUGAAAAGAUCAUUAGGUGUUUCUGUGGAAAUGAGUUGAAUGGACAGAAGCCCUCUACUUCUCAUCCUGAGCUUUCCCUGGUCACUUUUUAUACCCAUGGAUCUUAUUGUGGUUGCCUAGUACAACGGACUGGCUGGACAAGAGAUGUUGAUAUUUUCUUACAGUGGCUUUCAGCUAUACCCUUUGCUGGUGGUGGUUUCAAUGAUGCUGCAAUUGCAGAAGGGCUUGCUGAAGCUCUGAUGAUGUUCCCUAUUCCGCCAAAUGGAAACCAAAAUCAACAGAACUUGGAUGCUCAAAGGCAUUGCAUUCUAGUUGCUGCUAGUAACCCUUAUCCAUUGCCCACACCAGUUUAUCGGCCGCAGGUGCAAAAUUUGGACAAGAGUGAAAAUAUGGAAGAACAAACAGAGAGCCGUUCAUCUGAUGCCGAGACAGUUGCUAAAUCAUUUGUUCAUUGCUCUGUUUCUCUGUCAGUCAUUUGUCCAAAACAACUUCCUAAAAUUAGAGCAAUACACAAUGCGGGAAAGCGCAAUCCCCGAGCAGCAGAUCCACCGGUUGACAGUGUCAAAAAUCCUCAGUUUCUUGUUCUAAUCUCGGAGAAUUUUAUGGAGGCCCGUGCUGCUUUAAGUCGUUCUGGAAUUACGAGUUUGCCUUCAAAUCAGAGUCCUGUAAAAGUGGACAUGGCUUCUGUUCCUUCAGUCACAGGACCGCCUCCAACUUCUAUUCCAUCAGUGAAUGGAUCUCUCAUGAACAGGCAAUCGAUAUCUGUCGGAAAUGUUCCCCCUGCUACCGUGAAAAUUGAGCCAAGCACUGUACCUUCCAUGGUAGCUGGACCUGCUUUUUCACAUAUUCCAUCUGUUGCACGAGCUGCUUCUCAAGCAGUCCAACAAACUUCUUCACCAUCUUCUGCAUCUCAAGAAAUGAUCACAAAUAAUGACAAUGUGCAAGAUUUGAAGCCUAUAGUGAGUGGUAUGCCACAAUCUGUACGUCCUGUUGGUCCUGCUCCAGCAAAUGUGAACAUUCUGAACAACCUCUCUCAAGCACGACAAGUAAUGAACUCUGCAGCCCUAACUGGGGGAACCUCUAUAGGACUUCAAUCAAUGGGUCAAACUCCUAUAUCCAUGCAUAUGUCAAAUAUGAUAUCCAGUGGAAUGACAUCUUCCGUUCCUGCUUCUCAAAAUGUAUUUUCAUCUGGACAAUCUGGUAAUACAUCAAUAAGUGGUUCAGGGGCUCAUACAGGGACUGGACAGGUUGCACAAAACUCUGGUCUUGGUUCAUUCAUUUCAGCACCUUCUAAUGUCUCUGGAAAUUCUAACCUUGGGAUCUCUCAACCAAUGGGUAAUGGUAAUCUCCAAGGAGGUGUUAGUAUGGGUCAAUCAGUACCUGGCAUGAGCCAAGGGAAUCUUUCAGGAAUACAAAUGGCCCAAAGUGGAAUUGGCAUGAACCAAAACAUGAUGAGUGGUCUUGGGCCAUCAGUUGUCUCUUCUGGAAAUGGAACAAUGAUUCCUACUCCAGGAAUGCCUCAACAAGUACAAUCAGGGAUGCAAUCACUUGGUGGUGUAAACAACAAUUCAGCAGCUAAUAUGCCUUUGUCACAACAAACAUCAAGUGCUUUGCAAUCAGCACAAUCCAAAUAUGUGAGAGUCUGGGAGGGAAAUUUAUCUGGGCAGAGACAAGGACAGCCGGUCUUUAUCACCAGACUGGAAGGUUACAGGAGUGCUACAUCUUCUGAAACGCUUGCUGCAAACUGGCCGCCAACAAUGCAAAUAGUUCGGCUUAUAUCUCAGGACCACAUGAAUAAUAGGCAAUAUGUGGGAAAGGCUGACUUUCUAGUUUUUCGUGCAAUGAAUCAGCAUGGGUUUCUUGGCCAAUUGCAAGAAAAGAAGCUAUGUGCAGUCAUUCAACUACCAUCUCAGACGUUGCUGCUAUCUGUUUCUGACAAAGCCUGCCGCUUGAUUGGAAUGCUUUUUCCUGGGGAUAUGGUUGUGUUUAAGCCACAAAUAUCCAGUCAGCAACAACAACAACAAAUGCAACAGCAACAACAUCAGCAGCUGCAACAACAACAGCUUCCGCAGCUGCAACAACAGCAACUUCCGCAACUGCAACAACAGCAGCUUCCGCAACUGCAGCAACAGCAGCAGCUUCCGCAAAUGCAACAGCAGCAGCAGCUUCCACAAAUGCAACAGCAGCAACCGCUCUCGCAGCUGCAGCCGCAACAACAACUUCCACAACUGCAACAACAGCAAUCACUGUCACAGCUUCAACCGCAGCAGCAGCUUCCACAACUGCAGCAGCUGCAGCAACAGCAGCAACAAAUGGUUGGGACAGGAAUGGGUCAAGGUUAUGUUCAAGGUCCAGGCAGGUCACAACUAGUUUCACAGGGACAAGUUUCAUCACAAGGGCCGCCUAACAUGCCUGGAGGGGGCUUUAUGAGUUAAUUAGAGCAUUGACUCGUCUGGGACCUAGUAUUUUAGGUUAGCACAGAAUUUCGUCAACCGUCAGAUAGAACUUCUAAGAACAAUGGAUCUCAUUAAGCUAUUAUGAGCACUAGUCAGUUAUUGACAAAUACCUUGUAGGGUUUUAUGUAUACGCUGAUGUUCUUAUGUUGGAAAAACCAAUGCGAGUUCAUUUUAGCA